UCUACGUGUGGGAUGUUGUUGGUUGCUGUCUAGGCAAGGCGCGGAUAUUUUCAGUAGUGAAUUAUUUGUACAAAAAGAGCGUCACAAGAAUGUGGCAUACCCGUGAAACGGUCAAUGUGGUGGUAUUGUGUCUAAGUCUACUGCUAACAGCUGACAGUGUCUAUUCAGUUCGUUUGUCAGUGUCCUACAUGAAUGCUGACAAUGUGACGUACAACAGAUUCACUGACAUGAAUGAUUACUUAUACAACAGCAUCGUGUCUACACUAUGUAGCAGCGACACCAGCAAAUACGAGUUAUCUCCCCAACAACCAACAGGCUACACUGAAACACACCAGAACCCUACAGAACCUACCAACGGCACCUUAUUCUACGAGUGCCACGCAUCCUCCACUGACAUUCUCAGCUGCUCCAAUACCCACAUCAUCACCGACUGCACCAACUACGGCCGCAUCUUUCCGCUGGAUACAAACACCAUCGCUUCCUGCACUGACAUAUGUGUGCUCAUCCUGUGGUCACAUGACCAAGACGCCAACAUAACCAUGGUACCAGAACCAUCAGACGGAUUAAACUCAACCACCUGUUUUAACCCAUGCUUGAUAAUCCCAACACUAAACCCUAUCGACUCUCAAAAUACCAGUGAUACUUCAUCACUCCAGACUACUGAAACCACGAAUGUUCCCGAAACUUCUUCAAAAAACUCCGCGCAGAUCUCUGUUAAACAGGAUUCUGAUGACCACACCAGUCUCAUAAUCGCCGUAACCAUCAGCGGUGGCAUGGCGCUGAUUCUUCUCAUCGUUAUCGUUGUUUUUAUCUGCUUCAAGCGGAGAUACCCCGACCAAGAGCAGCCUUUGAAUGAGAGUAGCGCAUCCACUGAUGAAAACAACGAUAACAAGAACGAAGACAUACAUUUCACGCAAGACGAUGUUGCGUAUAAGGAUAAUAAAGAUGGAGGAUUAUCUCAACAAAAUGUGUAUCAUGUCAACGUCGCUGCUGACGUCACACAUGGCCGUGAUGACGUCAGUGAGUCAUUAAGCUCCUCACCUGUAAUGACAAGUAUGUACGGGGUGGAUGAGAUUUCUGCAGCUGAUGAUGUUGUAGAUGACGGGUCAGCUCAAGUCAGACUUUAAAAGCGACUCAGAAUUUACACUUGACAAAAUGUACAUCGGUAAUUCUGAGUUUAAGUGUAUUAUAUUUUAAUUAAUGUUUGUACGAUUUAACAACGUUUUAGUUGAAUAAAAAGUAGGAGUAAAAAUGUAUUAUAUCUUUUUAAGUAUGCAUUAAAUAAUUAACUGAUAAGGUGUAUAGAAACGAUGUCUCGCCAGCUAUAUUGAAUGCUUGUUUGUAUAAAAAUAUUAUGGAAAAAUCGAUAUAUUUUCAUUAACAAAUACUGCCGGUUUCGAAUUUAAUUUACAACGUGAACAAAUGUGUAUAUUGACUAUAUUUAAUUAAAUAUGUGUAUAUUGACUAUAUUUAAUUAAAUUUUUUAUUGUUUCCAUUGUAAUACUUAUUACUUUGUAAAAAACAAUGAUAGUUUACAAUUCUAAAAUUUAAAUCAAAUUAUAUAGAUAUGUCGUCUAAAUUAUGUGAAAUAAUUAUACGUUUUUUGUCUGUAGUAAAUUUCAACUUCAACAUCCUAGUUUAAUGGCUUAUAUUAGUUCCCUUAUACCGAAGUGUAGUAUAAAUUCAAACAAUUCCCGUCAUUGUUGUCUCCCUUCAAAAAUCUCUUUGUCAACACAGCACAGGAUCUUAACAUUCUUCACUGUGAAAUGUAAUCUUCAUAACAUUUUUGUAAAGCUCAGCCUGAAUCUAGAUACUUGAAUAUCAACGGUAAUUUGAACUGUCAGGUGACAACGUUAUACAGCGAUACAUAUUUAAAAAAAAACUAUCUUUAAAUAAACUGGCAUCAGCGCAAGGAUAAAUAAAAUGUAAUAUAUGUGAUUACCUGGUCUGCUGUUGUAUUUGUUCUGUUAUUUUAUGAUUUAAAUACAUUUUCUACUACCCCGUUAGGGUCUAACCUAGAUUUUACAUGCUUAUAUCAAGGUUUUUUAUUAAAUGCAUAUUUGCAUUAUAAUCACACGUAUAAAAGUAUAGAGGCCUAUGUAUUAUAUAAUUACAUUUUGGAUAUUGUAAAGAAUGACAGAGAGAGGGGGAAGCAAUAGUUAAC